CGGCGGGAGGGGUGGAGCCGCCGCGCCCCGGCUCGGUGUGGAGCCCUCGCUCGGCCGGCGGGCGCGCCCAGCGCUCACUGCUGAGCCGGGAGUCUGGGCGAAGCCGGGAGGCGGUGAGAGGCCACACCCCGCGCGGCCCGCGUAUUUCCUCGGGAGCCCGCGGCCGCCGCGCACACAGCGCCGAGAUGCGGGGCCUCAGGCUCCUGACCGCCGCCUGCCUCUUCUGCGUGUGGAGCGCGGCGCUGGCCGCCGUCCCCGGGCCCAGGUUUCUGGUGACAGUCCCUGGGAUCAUCAGGCCGGGAGGAAAUGUGACCAUUGGGGUGGAGCUUCUGGAACACAGCCCCUCACAGGUCACCGUGAAGGCGGAACUGAUGAAGAUGGCAGCCAACCGCACGGUCUCUGUCCUGGAAGCAGAAGGGGUCUUUGAAAAAGGCUCUUUCAAGACACUUAUUCUUCCAUCACUACCUCUGAACAGUGCCGAUGAGAUGUAUGAGCUCCGUGUCACUGGACGUGCCCAGGAUGAGAUUUUAUUCUCGAAUAGCACGCGCUUAUCAUUUGAGACCAAGAGAAUGACUGUCUUCAUUCAAACAGACAAGCCCCUGUAUAAACCAAAGCAGGAAGUGAAGUUUCGUGUUGUUACACUCUUCUCUGAUUUUAAGCCUUUUAAAACCUUUUUAAACAUUCUAAUUAAGGAUCCCAAGUCAAAUUUGAUCCAACAGUGGUUGUCAGAAAAAAGUGAUCUUGGAGUCGUUUCCAAAACUUUCCAGUUAUCUUCCCAUCCAAUACUUGGUGACUGGUCCAUCCAAGUUCAAGUGAAUGACCAGACAUAUUAUCAAUCAUUUCAGGUUUCAGAAUAUGUAUUACCAAAGUUUGAAGUUGCUUUGCAGACACCAUUAUAUUGUUCUUUAAAUUCUAAGAGUUUAAAUGGUACCGUCACAGCAAAGUAUACAUAUGGGAAGCCUGUGAAAGGAGACCUAACACUUACAUUUUUACCUUUAUCCUUCUGGGGUGUGAAGAAAAAUAUUACAAAAAUAUUGAAGAUAAAUGGAUCUGCAAACUUCUCUUUUAAUGAUGAAGAGAUGAAAAAGGUAAUGGAUUUUUCGGAUGGACCUCCUGAACACAUGUACCUGUCUUCUCCUGGGCCGGUAGAAAUUAUAGCCGCAGUGACAGAAUCACUUGCAGGUAUCUCAAGAAAUGUAAGCUCCAAUGUAUUUUUCAAGCAACAUGAUUACAUCAUUGAAUUCUUUGACUAUGCUACUGUCUUGAAGCCAUCUCUCAACUUCACAGCCACUGUGAAGAUAACCCAUUCUGAUGGUCAUCAGCUGACUCCUGAAGAAAGAAGAAAUAAUGUAGUCUUAAUGGUGACUCAGAGAAACUAUACUGAGUACUGGAGCAGAUGGGACACUCAAAAUCAGGAAGUAGGGGCUGUCCAGAUCAUAAAUCAUACUGUCCCCGCAAAUGGAAUCUUCAAGAUUGAAUUCCCCAUCCUGGAUGAUUCCAGCGAGCUGCAAGUGAAGGCCUCUUUUCUCGAUAGUGUGAGUAACAUGGCAGUUCAUGGUAUGUUUAAAUCUCCUAGUAAAACAUACAUCCAGCUAAAAGUAAAAGAUGAAAAUAUAAAGGUGGGAUCACCAUUUGAAUUGGUGGUUAUUGGCAACAAGCAAUUGAAGGAGCUGAGUUAUAUGGUAGUGUCCAGGGGACAGUUGGUGGCUGUAGGCAAGCAAAAUUCAACAACCUUUUCCUUAAUACCAGAAAAUUCUUGGGCCCCCAAAGCCUGUAUCAUUGUGUAUUAUAUUGAAGAUGAUGGGGAAAUUAUAAAUGAUGUUUUGAAAAUUCCUGUUCAGCUCGUUUUUAAAAAUAAGAUACAGCUGUUUUGGAGUAAAGCCAAGGCUGAACCAUCUGAGAAAGUCUCUCUCAGGAUCUCUGUGACACGGCCAGACUCAAUAGUUGGUAUUGUAGCUGUCGACAAGAGUGUGAACCUGAUGAAUGUCUCAAAUGAUAUUACAAUGGAAAAUGUGGUCCACGAAUUGGAACUUUAUAACACAGGAUAUUAUUUAGGCAUGUUCAUGAAUUCUUUUGCGGUCUUUCAGGAGUGUGGCCUCUGGGUAUUGACGGACGCAAACCUUGUGAAGGAUUACAUUGAUGGUGUUUAUGACAGUGUAGAGUUGGCUGAGAGGUUUGUGGAUGAAAAUGAAGGCUACUUAGUAGAUCUUCAUGACUUUUCUCUGGGUAGCAGUCCACGUGUGCGAAAGCAUUUUCCAGAAACUUGGAUUUGGCUAGACACCAACAUGGGUUCCAGGAUUUACCAAGACUUCGAAGUUACUGUGCCUGAUUCUAUCACUUCCUGGGUUGCAACUGCUUUUGUGAUCUCUGAGGAUUUAGGUCUUGGCCUAACAACUGCUCCAGUGGAGCUCCAAGCCUUCCAACCAUUUUUCAUUUUUUUGAAUCUUCCAUACUCUGUCAUCAGAGGUGAAGAAUUUGCUUUGGAAGUAACCAUAUUCAAUUAUUUGAAAGAUGCCACUGAGGUUAAGGUAAUCAUUGAGAAAAGUGAUGCAUUUGAUAUUUUAAUGGCUUCGAAUGAAAUAAAUGCCACGGGACACCAACAGACCAUUCUGGUUCCCAGUGAGGAUGGGGCAACUGUUCUUUUCCCGGUCAGGCCAACACGUCUGGGGGAAGUGCCCAUCACGGUCACAGCUGUUUCACCUGCUGCUUCUGAUGCCAUCACCCAGAGAAUUUUAGUGAAGGCUGAAGGAAUAGAAAAAUCGUAUUCACAAUCCAUCUUGCUAGAUUUGACUGACAGGACGCUACAAACUACCCUGAAAACACUGAGUUUCUCCUUUCCUCCUCAUACAGUGGGUGGCAGUGAGAGGGUUCAGAUCACUGCAAUCGGAGAUAUUCUUGGUUCUUCCAUCAAUGGCUUAGACUCCCUGAUUCGGAUGCCUUAUGGCUGUGGUGAACAGAACAUGAUAAAUUUUGCUCCAAAUAUUUAUGUUUUGGAUUAUCUGACUAAAAAGAAACAAUUGACUGAGAAUUUAAAAGAAAAAGCCCUUUCUUUUAUGAGGCAAGGUUACCAGAGAGAACUGCUCUAUCAGAGGGAAGAUGGCUCUUUCAGUGCUUUCGGGAAUGAUGACCCUUCUGGAAGCACUUGGUUGUCAGCUUUUGUUUUAAGAUGUUUCCUUGAAGCUGAUCCUUACAUAGACAUUGAUCAGAAUGUGUUACACAGAACAUAUACUUGGCUCAAAGGACAUCAGAAAUCCAACGGUGAAUUUUGGGAGCCAGGAAGAGUGAUCCACAGUGAGCUUCAAGGUGGCAAUAAAAGUCCUGUAACUCUUACGGCUUAUAUUGUGACUUCUCUCCUGGGAUAUAAAAAGUAUCAGCCUAACAUUGAUGUGCAGGAGUCUAUCCAGUUUUUGGAGUCUGAAUUCGAUAGGGGAAUUUCCGACAAUUACACCCUGGCACUUGUAACUUACGCACUGUCAUCUGGGAGGAGCCCUAAAGCCAAGGAAGCUUUGGAUAUGCUGACUUGGAGAGCAGAACAGGAAGGAGGCCUGCAAUUCUGGGUGUCACCGGUAUCCAGACUGUCUGAAUCCUGGCAGCCGAGCUCCCUGGAUAUUGAAGUCGCAGCCUAUGCCCUGCUCUCACAUUUCUUGCAGCAUCAGGUUCCUGAGGGAAUUCCGAUUAUGAGAUGGCUGAGCAGGCAGAGAAAUAGCUGGGGAGGUUUUGCAUCUACCCAGGACACCAUUGUGGCCUUGAAGGCCCUAUCUGAAUUUGCAGCUUUAAUGAAUGUAGAAGAGACAAAUAUCCAAGUGACUGUGGAGGGGCCCAGUUCACUGAGUCCUGUGAAGUUUGUGAUUGACACACAGAACCGCUUUCUCCUCCAGAUGGCAGAGCUUGCUGUAGUACAGCCAACUGCAGUUAAUAUUUCUGCAAAUGGUUUUGGAUAUGCUAUUUGUCAGCUUAAUGUUAUUUAUAAUGUGAAAAAUUCCAGAUCUUCUAUAAGUCGAAGAUCUAUCCAAGAUCAGGAAUCAUUUGACCUAGAUGUUGCUGUAAAAGACAAUAAAGAUGACGUCAAUCACUUGGAUUUGAAUGUGUGCACAAGGUUUCUGGGCCCAGCCAGAAGCGGCAUGGCCCUUAUGGAAGUCAACCUGCUCAGUGGUUUUACUGUGUCCUCAGAUGCCAUUCCCCUGAGUGAUACUGUGAAAAAAGUAGAACAUGACCAUGGGAAACUCAACCUCUACUUAGACUCUGUAAAUGAAACCCAGUUUUGUGUUGAUAUUCCUGCUGUGAGAAGCUUUAGAGUGUCAAAUACACAAGAUGCUUCAGUGUCCAUAGUGGACUACUACGAACCAAGGCGGCGAGCCGUGAGAAGCUACAACUCCAGAGCGCAGCUGACCUCCUGUGACCUCUGCGGGGAUGCGCUCGCCUGCGGCCCCUGCGACCGCGCGGCCUCGGCCCGCCUGCCGCGCCUGACUGCCGGCCUCCUCCUGCUCUGCCUCGCGCUUCUGUUCUCCUUGCAGCGUUGGCCGUGAUUUGAUUCCUAAAGACUCCAUGAAACACUUGCAUUUUCAAAAGCCACAUGCGACUGUCUUGUCUUCAUAAUCAGAUAUUACCUCUGUUUGGAAAAAUCAAUGUUUUUCUUUUUAUGAGUUGGGAGGCGGGUAGAAGUGGGGGAGAUGUAUUAAUAACAACAGGUCCUUGUAUGUGUAGCUGCAUAGAUGUUUUUUUCCCCCUGACUUCUGUGUGGAACAAAAAUAAGGAUUAUUGCAGCUGUAUUCUUUUAUUUCCCCUUCUUAAAAUCUUUAAGGAUUUUUUUGGAGGUGUUGUUUUCUCCAGAAUAAAUGCAUUAUUUUAGAUGAUUCUUUUCAUUUUCUAGAAGAAGUAAGUGAGCCUGGAUUCUUAAGCACUGCUAUAUGUCAGUCUCUGCUUUAGUAGUAAGGGUGAAACAAGCCCAAGGGAAGAGCUUGUUCUGUGCCUUCUGUAUCCACCCCAAACCCGUGCCCACCCCCACCCACCCCAGCGGUCCCAGUGCUGUGCUCUGCUGUGCUAAGUCGCUUCAGUCCUGUGCGACUCGUUUUGAUCCUAUGACCCCGCCAGGCUCCUCUGUCCAUGGGAUUCUCCAGGCAAGAAUACUGGAGUGGGUUGCCAUGCCCUCCUCCAGAGGAUCUUCCCCACCCAGGGAUCGAACCCAUGUCUCCUGAAUUGGCAGACAGGUUCUUUCCCACUAGUGCCUCCUGGGAAGCCCAUGGUCUAAGUACAUCUUUCUUGAUCAGAUAUAGUGUUUUUCUUUAGGAUGGAGGUGGUGAUUUUUCUUUUUUAAAGGAUAAUGAUGUUGUUUCACUUCAGAUAUAGUCACAUACCCCAUCCCUUGCUUUUUGCCUGUUCCCCCUCAGGAGGGAAGCAGAGAGACUGGGCUUUACUGUCCUGCCCAUGGCUCAGAGGUUGAGGUCACCGGGAAGUGAUCAGAGGAGCCCUGGGUGAUCUUCUCUGUGUACCCAGCCUCCAGCCCCACACGCAGGCUUUGUUCAGGCUGAGAGUCAGAGAGCAUUGCCACACGUGCCUUAUGGGACUUGGACAGGAAGAUCCUAGACCAGGAGACACAUGUGAAUCAUGGGGAAUGCUCAGUUGGAAAGUGAAAGUGUUAGUCACUCAGUCGUGUCUGACUCUUUACGACCCCAUGAACUGUGGCCCACCAGGCUCCUCUGUCCAUGGAAUUCUCCCCAAGAAUGCUGGAGUGGGUAGCCAUUCUCUUCUCCUGGGGAUUUUCCCAACCGAGGGCUUGAGCCCAGGUCUCCUGCAUUGCAGGUGGAUUCUUUACCAUCUGAGCCACCAGGGGGACACAACCAAAUCUGUAUGAGUUGCAGCAGACUGACCUCCCUGUGGUCUGGGAAAGAAGCUGGGGUUUGAUGGGGGUCAGAGAUGUGAAGUGCUGUACAUUGUUGGCCAGGGUCCUGUGGAACCUUCUAGAUUCAGGUGUGUGAGCAUCAGACCACCAGCUGUCCACUGACAUCUAAUGCAUGCUCUGAACUUUACAGAAGAUUCUUGAAUUUUGAGCAUCUGGCUCGUUGGUUACCUGUUAUUCAGAAGGAUAAUACUCAUUUAUGUGAGUGAAGUUUUAAAGAAAGAUUCCUUUCUCCUCCCUUUCCUGUUUGUCCUCUUUUCUCACCUCUUUCUUUUUUCAUUCUUCCUUUCCUUCCCUUCUUUCUUUCUUCUUUCCAUUUGAAAAACAUUGAAAUAUCUUAAGAUCUUUUAUUAAAUCUAAAAAGUAGUUUAAUUUUACUCCUAAACCCAGGAUUUGUCUCAAGGGGAUGUAGAAAUGUAAUUGUUAUGGGCUGCAAAGAAGCUGCGUUAUAGUAUUUUCAGCUGUUUAAAAAUAAAUCCAAAAUUAAAAUAUACAAAUAAUAUAUUUUAAAGUGAAUUUUGAAAAGAAUGUUUUUAUUUUAGUGAAUUUAAAGAAAUUAUAGUGGAGUGGAUAUUCAUGGAUUGCUUAUGGAUAUUUUGGACACAAAGGUAGGAAUUACUAAUAUUCAGGUUUUUAAAGCUUGAGAUCUGAAUUUAGAAAAGAGAUUCUUAGAGGGUGGUCUAUGGAGAGAGAGCAGGUAAAUAACAAACGUAUAAUUUUCUUGUAUAUACUUUCAAGUGGGGAAACGUUUUUACUUUGUGUUACCCCUCUGAAACAGUCUGAUCUGAAAAAGACACUUGGGUUUGGGCCUUCCUGUGUGGGAUUUUUGGCUUUUAUAUGUUAGGACUUCUUUGGUGAAAGUAUCUUAAAAUGAACUUGGAGGAGGGUGUUGGCAAAGGAUCCUGCUUCCCAGCCCCGCUGCCCAGAGAAACUCAGACUGCCCAUCAAUAGCUUUCGAUUCUGUAGCUUAUAUACUGUUCAUACCAGACUUCAAGUAUAGAAUCUUAGGGAACACAAGAAUGGAAAGCCAUUGGAAGACGGUGUAGCUUUUUAAAACUGUAUUUCCUCAUUUAAAAACUAGAGGUCUGAUUUUUUUUGUGAAUUAUUUUGGAGUUCAGGUUAAACAGUCACCUUGUAACUAAUAUUUUAAUGUAUUAAAAAUACAUUACAGAUGUAUUAAAAUGUAUUGAAAGAGAGGAGGAGGAUGGGAUUGAGGAGGAAAAGCAGGAGCGGACGGAAUGGGGAGAGGGCUGUCCGUGGUUGGAUUAUGUGCGGGCAGUGGGGAUGCCUCUUGGAGGCAGGGUCUGUGACAGCCAUGGGCUGGGAUGAAAAGGGUCCAAAAAAGCCACAGGCAUCUGGGUUAAAGGAGAGCAGUAGUAGCAGGAAUUGACAUUAUUAACUCUUUUCUGCACUUAGUAUGAGUAACAAUGCUAAAAACCAUGUUUUUUGCCUCUUGCUUUCCUGAUGGUGAAACUUCUCCAGUGCCCUCAAUUUCAUUUACUGGUAUAAAUCUGAAGUCUCUCCUUCUUUCCUGCUGAGUGGGAACCUCAUUACUAAGACACCAGCAUAUGUUGCUUCCAGUUUUGACUGGCCAGGGGUUCCAGACAUGGAAUGUUGGGAAUAACUAGUAGCCGCAUAAAUUCAAGGACAGAUCAACGCUAUUAUAUUUGGUUUCAACAUGUUACUGCCUUCAGUUAUAAUUCUAAAAAAGUAAUUAAAACCCAUUAAAAUAUGUUGGGUCAAUGAAAAAAUUCCUCUUAUUGUAUUGUCCUAUUAUACUUUAUGUUUUUAAAAAUGCUCUAACAAUAACUUUGGUAUUUUGGUUACAUUGUAAUUUGUGGAACAUUGUGUUAAAAUCCAGAUAUAUGCUUAUUGCCUAACAGUUUGUUACUUACAUAUGCAAUGCUAUAUUCUACAUGUGGGAAUUUUCAGAAUUGUACAUAGCAUAAUUCUCCUUGCUUCCAUUUUUUGAGCCAGAGUGUAAUAAUUUUUUUAAAAAAGGUUAUAUUUAACCAUAAUUUCUUUUUAUGUUAAAUUUAGUUACAAAUAUUCUGGCAACAGAAUGCUAGUAAUCUUUAUUUUGAUUCUUUUGAUCCAGUUCAAUUAUUUUGAUAUCAUUCAUUCUGAUAUCAUUUCUGACCAUCCAGUUUUAAAAAUUGGAGCUAUGAUUUUUCUUUAUCAUUCUUUAAAGGAGCCAUUUUAUUAGUCUUCCAGCAUGUAAUCUGGAGUUUUUUUGGUAACAACCUCACUUCUAAUUUGCUUUAUUGAAGUUUAAUACUGAUUUUUAUAAAAAUAUGUUGUAAAUACCUCCCUGACAAGGUUCUUUAUCAUAAAGACAGUACUUACUUGGAGCUCAUUAAGUAGCUCCCAUGAGUCCAGGUGCCAUUACUUAUUUGUGGGUGCAUCAUUUUUUUGCAUUUUGUAAAUUUGAGGCAGUUAGUGGACUGACUCUUGGAGAAGCUUCAGAACCUUAUACACCCUAAAUAUAUAAAUAUAUAUAUAUAUAUAUAUAUACCCUUAUAUACCCUAAGAGGCUUCCAUUAGAAGAAUAUUCUAUUUUUUGUUUGUUUUCAAAUUCCAGUAAAGCAUAGCACAUUUAAGAAGUUAAAAAUUUCCUGUCAUCUACUCAAUUGAUAUUCAUGUUACUAUUAAAUAUCUUAAGUUGUAUUGGGAGUAAUUUGAGGUGCAGUUAUUUUUAUCACUACUUUCUUCAGGAAACUAAGCAAUAAAUACACAUUUUUAAUGAAGAAUAUAUCAGUUGUGUGUAGGCUUGUUUCAGAACUAUUUCUAGCCAUUGAGUUGGUGGUUUUCAUGUGCCUCAUCAUAAGACAGUGCCGCACGCAUCAUUCCAUAAAAUGUUGCUGUUUCAUUUCAGGAGUUAUAACACAGGAAAAUAAAUAUUUCCUGGGUGAUUUCUGAGUUUCUCACUUCACAGGACACUUACACAUUGGUAUGUGUGUGUCUGUAAUAAAGAUGAUAUUGGUACAUAUUCAAGAAAAAUUCCAUGUCAUGAUUUACCACUCUUCUGUCAGGGUAUUGAAUCAGUGGUAGAGGAUAUUUCCAUGUUCUACUUACAGAUCUUUAAGAUUUAUCUUGGAUAGAUUUAAUAGAAUGUGGCUCUAUUCUGGUCCUUCACACCUUUAUGUUUUGGAUUUUUACUGAGGUGCAGUUGAUGUGGUAGAGUCAAUUUUUUCUGUACACAGUAGGCUUCAUAAAAUUUUAUUCAUAAAUCUAUUUUAAGACCUUGUUUGCAUAUAAGAAGGAUACUAUUGAAAUAAAACAUUUUCAGAGAAACUAAAGCUUUAUAUAUUGAACCAGGGUGAUUCUGAAAGCUUAAAUUUUAAAUGUUAGAGUAUUGUUAUGUUGUUAAUUAUACUUGAUUAUGUAUUCAAUAGGAAAUCAUGCUUUAUCAAUAAAAAUGAAAAUUUCCAUCGA